AUGGCGAACACUCAUUACGGGCGACCGGCUGCUAGAGCAAACACCAACCCGUCCGUCAAGGGCCUCGGCAAGUCCUCCUCCCUCGACAUGGUGGAGGCCAAUGAAGAUGAUAGGCUCAGCAAGUUGCCUGAUGAUGUUUUGCUCAACAUUGUUGAGCGACUUGAUAUAGCUGACGCUGCACGAACGACCAUCCUCUCCACACGUUGGAAGCAGAUCCCUGCUGUACUCUCAAAAAUUGUUAUAAUGGCUGGUUCUUUUGAGCCCAAGCACAAAGAAUGGAGCAAGUUAACCUCAGAUGAUAUAGGUCGGGCCAACACCACUGUGCUGGAAGCAACCAGGAGCAUACUGGAAAGGAGGGCUGGAAGUCUGUACCCCAUCCACAUGUUGCGCAUUCAAUUCUACCUGGGAGAUGAGUCCAUUUUAAUUGGCCAGACUGUUGCCAACACCAUGACAACACAAAAGGUUGCUUCAGCCGAGUUUACAAUCUUGACGAAGGUGCGUAAAAAGUGUGCCAAGAAUGACCUGCUCACAUAUGGGAAGCAGUUCAUGUCAUUCUUUGAUGCGUGUCCAAACGCAUUUGGUGGUCUUGUGCGCCUCACGCUAGAGAAUUUGAGGUUAGGAGAAUCUGACUUCCCCAAAAUUUUCAGUAUGUGCAAGCAACUGGAGUUCCUCUCCCUCUACGAAUGUGACAUGGGUAUUCAGUCUUUUCUGGAAGUGGAACACCCGCGACUCGGUGAACUAGUUAUUGUCUGUGGCCGUCUUGAGAGGGUUGAUCUCAAGUGGGCACCAAAGCUCACAAAACUGAAAUUUAAUGUGUUUAGAUGUAAAGAUGACCCCUUCUGUCUCGGCUAUGUCCCACUGCUCCACACUGUGUCCAUCAUUAAUGUUGCUUUCACUUGGCACAAGAUGCUCAAGUUAAGUGAGUUGCUUGAUAAAGCUGCCAUAAGCAACCUGUCUUUGGACUUCAAAAGCGAAAAGAUUUGGGUCAAACCGGAAGGUCGAAGACAAUUGUUACCGGUGUUCCACAAACUCAGGAUUCUGAAUUUGAUUAACAUUGCUGAAGAGUGCGACCUGACUUGGACAAUGUUCUUACUGGAUGGUGCACCCAACCUUAAGGAACUACACAUCUUGGUGCGGAAUCAUUUAUGUGAAAUGAUAACGGGGAAACGGAGGGAGUUACCUGUGGUUUGCAAGGAGAAGGACAAGGGACUAGAGUGGGAACCAUCUACAUCUGAUUUCAAGCACCACAACCUGGCUGGGCUCAGUAUCUAUGGGAGGUUUCAUGCAGUAGACAAACUCGUGCGCUUUGCGAGAAAUGUCGUGGAAGCAGCGGUGAAUCUGGAGGACAUAAGACUAUAUAAGAGUCCAGUGUGUGUGAGGUGCAAGCAUAUGCUUCAGGAGUGGACAUUUGAGGAGACGUCUUGGCUUCGCUAUGAAUUCAGCAAGGAGAUUCCCUCGGCCGUCUGUAUUCACUUCCCGAGUUUAGGGAAAUGGGUCUCGUGGCCGAGACUAUGCGCCAUCAGCAUCCACUCAUGUUGUUAA